AUGCUGCUUGCUCCUGCAUCAAUGCCCAUCAUCAAUGCGUGGGCACUCAGAAGAGAUCCUGAUCGAUGGAAUGAUGUUGAAUGCUUUCUAUCAGAGAGAUAUGAAAACUCUUCAGUUACCUACAAAGAGACUAACUUCGAAUACAUUCCAUCUGGAGCAGGUAGACGGAUGUGUCCCAGCAUAUUAUUUGGUCUUGCCAAUAUUGAACUUCCGCUUGCUCAAUUGCUCUGCCACUUUCAUUGGAAGCCAGAAGAGUUAGACAUGACCGUGGAAUUUGGAGCUACAGCUCGGAAAAAGAAUGACUUGAACUUAUUGCCGUCCUAUAACAUUCCAUCCCAAAGCAUUGGGAGUAUUAUCAAGGACUAUUAUGCACUCUAUGUCCUGGUGAAAGAAGAUUUAGGCAUUACUGAUACAAUAAGACACUCUUACUGCGAAUAG